GCCCCGGCGGGGCCCAGAGCCCGGCGGGGCGCGGGAACCAGGGGCGCCCCCGUGCGGAGCUGCCGGGCCGCCUGGCAGCGGCGGCCGGGGCCAUGCUCAAGCCCAAGGACCUGUGCCCCCGAGCGGGGACGCGCACCUUCCUGGAGGCCAUGCAGGCGGGCAAGGUGCACCUGGCCCGCUUUGUACUGGAUGCGCUGGACCGCAGCAUCAUCGACUGCCGCGCAGAGCAGGGCCGCACGCCGCUCAUGGUAGCCGUGGGGCUGCCGGAUCCCGCGCUGCGCUCGCGCUUCGUGCGGCUACUGCUGGAGCAAGGUGCGGCCGUGAACCUGCGGGACGAGCGCGGCCGCACGGCACUCAGCCUGGCUUGCGAGCGUGGCCACCUGGACGCGGUGCAGCUGUUGGUGCAGUUCAGCGGCGACCCCGAGGCGGCCGACUCCGCGGGCAACAGCCCGGUGAUGUGGGCGGCGGCGUGCGGCCACGGGGCGGUGCUCGAGUUCCUGGUGCGCUCUUUCCGCCGCCUCGGCCUGCGCCUCGACCGCACCAACCGAGCGGGUCUCACGGCGCUGCAGCUGGCAGCCGCCCGCGGCCACGGGACCUGCGUGCAAGCCCUCACCGGGCCCUGGGGCCGCGCAGCCGCCGCCGCCGCGGCCCGGGGUUCCAACUCCGACAGCCCCCCGGGCCGUCCGGCUCCCGCGCCCAGCCCCGAGCGCCGACGACCCAGCCCCCGCCGCUUACCUCGGCCUCUCCUGGCGCGCUUUGCGCGAGCGGCCGGCGGCCACGGUCACGGCGGCGACGCUGGGUCAGGGGGCAAGGGCUCGGGCCGGCACCGAGCACAGGGCAGCGAGAGGCCUGAGCUGGGCCGGAGCAUGAGCCUGGCGCUGGGUGCUGUAACCGAGGAGGAGGCGGCUCGGCUGCGGGCGGGAGCCCUGAUGGCCCGACCACACUCGCCCCAGUCUUCGGGGACCGGGAGGUGGCGUUCGCAGGAGGUGCUGGAGGGAGCGCCUCCGACCUUAGUGCAAGCCCCCAUUGGCCUUAGCCCCCACCCGGAGGGCGGCCCUGGCUCUGGCCGUUUGGGUUUGCGCCGACGCUCCACAGCUCCAGACAUCCCCAGCCUGGUCGGGGAGGCAUCAGGGCCCGAGAGCGGCCCGGAGUCAGAGGCCAACGCUCUGCCCCACUCGGUGCCGGGGCCUCAGCCUUGGCAGGCGGGCUCGGAGGCCGUGGUGCUGCAGGCUCAGCGGUAAACAGCGUCCAGGUUAAGCCCUGCUCCCCCUGCUCUGCCCUCUCUCCUCCACUGGGAUUUCUUUCUUUUCUUUUCUUUUUUUUUUUUUCCAGGUCCCUCAUUUUCCUGGCAGUUUCCUGGCCUGUGAUCCCAGAACCUGUCCUCACUGCCAAGGGGAGAUCAUAACCCACCCUCUCUCUGAAAAGAACCCCUAUUUUAUUUCUUUUUUGUGCUUGUUGGUAUUCCCUGCCUAGGUCUCUCACCUUCCCUACAGCCUACCUUUCCAGUCCUGGAGGGGAGGAGCAGAAGAUGGGUUCCAUAAGCUGCAGCCUACAGACACUCCCUACUCUGAGCCCUAAGGCUCAGUUCUGAGUCUGGCGGACUCCUGCCAGGUCACCGCCUCCUUACACCCAGCUCCCCACACCCUGGCAGCCAGGCAGCAGAAGAGUUGACUGUAGAACAAAGGCCCAGCCAAUCCCCUCUGCCUAGCGAUGUGGACCUUAAUGCUGCAGGCCACUGGGCUGAAGCCUCCCUUCCUGUUAAGUGUUGGAGAAGGAGAGCAAGGAGACCAGCCUUUGAGCCCUUCUGGAUAGGAGGGCUGAUUAGCAAGGAAUCAGGAGGUUAUAUUUUUCUGGGGAGAAACUCUGCCUCAAUAAGAUGAGAGCAUACUUAGGGGUAGCAGAGGCCCUAGUGUGGAAGGCUGGUUGUUCCCUGAAACAGCUUCUGGGUAAUUCCAGCUCUCUCUAUCUCUGGCAGACCCAGUUUUCAACUUCACAUGGAUGUGGGGUCAUUGCCCUACACCAACCCUUACCAAACCCAGCUCCUGGCCCCUGAGCCGGGGUUCAUUCAACUCAGCUGCGUUUGAAUUUUAUCUUUGAGGUCUCGGGGCCCAGCCUUAU